UUAAUUGACAAACAUGCUAGUUUAUUACCUAUAUAAUCCAUUUUUGUAAAAUAAUCUAAUUCCCUGAUUUUGCUCUUAGAAAGAAAACAUUCUCAUCAGAUGAUGAGCUUCAUGAAACCCCCAACAAAAAAAUUAAAAUGAAUAGAGACAAAAAUCCACCUACACCAAAAAUCCAGCCCGCACCAAAAGUCCCGCCUGCACCAAAACCUCCAGCACCUCUAAAAUACAUCAAGACAAAAGGUCCUGUUGUACGACCUCUGCUUACAACAAGCAAAGCAGUGAACUCUUUCAGCAAUUCACUUGUUAAUCACCACCAAAGGGCCAUGGAGAAGCCACAGCAGGCCCGUUUUGAGACUUUCCCCAGCUGUCAAGCUCCAGAUGUUCCCAUGAGCUUCUCCCAGGCAGAUGAGCCACAAGAUGCUUGGGGUGAACACUCACCUGACAUUCAAGACCUCCAACUGGAAACUUGGGAAGAACACCCAUCUAUCACUCAAGCUGUUCCAGUGAGCUUGUCCAAUGAAAAUGAGCAAGAGGAUGCUUGGGGUGAACACCCAUCUAACUUUCAAGAGAACACAAUCUCUGAACAGAGAUCCUCAAGUACCCACCAGCCAAGAACAAAUAGUGCUUCUGGUGUGAGACGAUGGAGCUGCAUCACUAAUCAAUGUACACCUGUUGAGAGGACAAUUCUGGAGGCACUUAAUGAACUGGACAUGAAGAUCAAUCAUCUGACUUCAGUGGUCCAGUCCCUUGCAGCAAACAACCGUUCCAGUGCUCCAGUGGUGGACAGCGAGGAUGAUGUCUUUCCUCUCACAACCAUGGAGGAACUAGACAAACUGGAAAGACAAUUAUCAGAAAAAGCAAUGAUGCAAAAGAUGGUGAACAGGUUAUCCAUCAGUGGAGGACACACACUAAAGAAAACAAUAUGGAGAAUAUGCUCCAAGGUGUUUGGUCCUGUAGCCAAACAGCUGAACUGGUGUGGUAGGGGAGAAAAGCGAGGGAUCAGGAAAACAAACAUAGGAGCACUCCUAAUAGAUAAGUGUCUGCCUAGUUUGAGGCUUGUGGCUUUAAAGCCCUAG